UCCCUCACACCCCCUGACAUCCCCUCAGUCCUUUAGUGACCCUCUCAGACCCCUCAAUCCCUCAGAUUCCCUGUCCCUCACAGAACCCCUCAGUGACCCUCCAGUUCCCCUCAGUGACUCCCUCAAUCCCUUAGAAUUCUCUCAGUCCCUCAUGAACCCCUCAGUGCCCUUGUCCCAAUCAUACCCCUGGAGUCCCUUGUCCCUGUGACCGCUUCAAUACCCCAGAGAGUCCAUCUGAGACCCUCUCAGUCCCUCUGAGACCCCCUCAGUCCCCCUCUGACCCCCAGAGUCCCCAAUCCCUCAGAGACCCCCUCAGAACCCAGAGACCUCUUCAGACCCCCAGCCCCUUGGCCCAGUGAUAGCUUCAGUCUGAAAUGACCUGCAGAGGUCUGGGCUAUUCGACUGUGGGAGGCACUGUGCUCCAGCUGCUCCCUCAUUGGUCAAUGGCUGCAAGUCAAGGGUGAUGCCCCCGGCUGAUUCCCCCUCCCUCUCUAACCCCGGGGUCACUGGGCAGUGAUGGGGAGCCCGAACCCCGGCUGAUUCCCCCUCCCUCUCUAACCCCGGGGUCACUGGGCAGCAACCUGUGGACUGACAGGAGGAGGGAAGGAUGGUGAAUGGAGGGGUGAAUGAACGGUAUGUGGAGGAGGGAGGGGCUGCAGUCAGGAACGGGAGCCAUGGGCGAGUGACUAACUGGGAGGAGGGAGCAGAGUCCUCCUGAGGUCCGUCUGCAGGGUUAAUUAUUACCCCAAGUCUGGGAGCUCAGAGAAGGCCAUCGAACUGUCAGCUCAGAGCUCAGGGGCAUUGCACGGGACAGGACCCCUCUCACAGAGGAGUUGCUGAAAAUGGCAGAUUCGGGCCAGCGUUUCAGCGGAGAGUCCUGGAGCAGUAGGGAGCAGCUCUUCCAGGAGAUGGGCACCGCCUUCGUGCAGAGGCAGCAGCUGAGGGCCGAGAUGGCCACCAGCUUCCUGGAACACCUCUGCCUGCUGGACAUCGACUCCGAGCCCACCAGCGCCCGCAACACCAGCAUCAUCUGCACCAUUGGGCCCGCCUCCCAGCCGGUGGAAACCCUGAAGGAGAUGGUGAAAGCCGGCAUGAACAUCGCUCGCCUCAACUUCUCCCAUGGGACGCACGAGUACCACGCUACCACCGUGGCCAAUCUGCGCCAGGCUCUGGAGAGCUUAUCCUCCAGCCCUCUGUACCACAGGACGGUGGCCAUCGCCCUCGACACCAAGGGACCCGAAAUCCGCACUGGACUCGUCAGAGGGAGAGAGUCCGGGCAGGUGGAGCUGGUGAAGGGAUCGGAGGUCACGGUCACCACCGACCGCAGCUUCGAGGAGCAAUGUGACGAGAGCCUCAUCUUCGUGGACUAUGCCAACCUGCCGCAGGUGGUCAGUGUUGGGGGCAGGAUCUUCCUGGACGAUGGGCUCAUCUCGCUGCUGGUCAAGGAGAUCGGGCCGGGUCGGUGCGUGGCGGAGGUGGAGAACGGAGGUGUUCUGUGCAGUCGGAAGGGGGUGAACCUGCCCGGGGCGACGGUCGACCUCCCAGCCGUGUCCGAGCGCGAUGCCCGCGACCUCCGCUUCGGCCUGGAGCUCGGAGUCGACAUGGUCUUCGCCUCCUUCGUCCAGAGGGCAGAGGAUGUCCGGGUGGUCCGCCGGAUCCUCGGCGAGAAGGGCAAGGACGUCAAGGUCAUCAGCAAGAUCGAGAACCACGAAGGAGUGCGGCGGUUUGACGAGAUUCUGGAGGUCAGCGACGGGAUCAUGGUUGCCCGUGGCGACCUGGGGAUCGAGAUCCCACCCGAGAAAGUCUUCCUGGCCCAGAAAAUGAUGAUCGGUCGAUGUAACUACGCUGGAAAACCAGUCAUCUGUGCCACACAGAUGCUGGAGAGCAUGGUGCUGAGACCUCGAGCCACCCGGGCAGAGAGCAGUGACGUAGCCAACGCUGUGCUGGACGGCGCAGACUGCAUUAUGCUGUCCGCCGAGACCGCCAAGGGCGCCUACCCCGUGGAUGCCGUCCGCACACAGCACGCGAUCGCGCGAGAGGCCGAGGCCGCCGUGUUCCACCACCAGCUGUUCGAGGAGCUGCGCAGGUCGUCGCCCCUGACCCGUGACCCCACUGAGGUCACCGCCAUCGGCGCCGUCGAGGCUUCCUUCAAGUCGUGCGCUGGGGCCAUCGUGGUGCUGACCAGGUCCGGGAGGACAGCACAGCUCGUGUCCAAGUACAGACCUCGAGCACCCAUCAUCGCCGUGACCCGCUGCGCCAGAGUGUCCCGACAGGCUCACCUGUACCGUGGGAUCUUCCCCGUCCUGUACCGCCAGGUGGACCAGCCGGUGUGGGCGGAGGACGUCGACCAGAGGGUCAACUUCGCCAUUCGUAUAGCCAAGGCCCGGGAAUUUGUGCAGGUGGGAGAUGUGGUCAUCGUGAUCACCGGCUGGCGCUCUGGCCCAGGGGCCACCAACAUCAUGAGGGUGGUGCCCGUCCCCUGAGGGUAGCAGCUGAUCUCCGACCUGGCAACCUCUCACCAGACCGCUGCCUCCUCGGGGCGCAGGAUCUCGAAGUCCUCCUGCAAAGUGAAUAAAACAUCUUC